ACACAAGCCAGCACAUAUCACAAGCCCUCUCGGUCCAAGCAAGCACUAACAAUCCAAUGGCAAAAGAGAGAGCAGCAGUAUUGGUGCUUGUGACUGCACUUUGCGGAUUAGCUUCUCAUGUAGUAGACGCGCAGUACUACUCGACGAGCGCUACGGCGACGUUCUACGGCGGCAGAGAUGGCUCCGGCACUAUGAAUGGAGCGUGUGGGUAUGGCAACCUGUACAACGCAGGGUAUGGGUUGGAGAACGCAGCGCUGAGCCCGGUGCUGUUCAACGACGGCGCCAUGUGCGGCGCGUGCUACACCAUCACCUGCGACACCAGCAAGAGCAGUAUGUGCAACGCCGGCAAGUCCAUCACCAUCUCGGCCACCAACCUCUGCCCUGCUAACUACGCGCUACCCAACGACAACGGUGGCUGGUGUAACCCUCCCCGGCGCCACUUCGACAUGUCGCAGCCCGCGUGGGAAACCAUAGCCAUCUACAGAGCCGGCAUUGUCCCGGUGACCUACAAGAGGGUCUCGUGCCAGAAGCGUGAGGGCGUCAAGUUCGCCAUAAACGGGCACAACUACUUCGAACUUGUGAACGUGUUCAACGUCGGCGGCUCCGGCGUGGUGACGGCGUUGUGGAUCAAGGGAUCCAACACAGACUGGCUGGCGAUGAGCAGGAACUGGGGUGCCAACUGGCAGAGCAACGCCUACCUCAACGGGCAGGGCCUAUCCUUCAGGGUGCAGCUUGACGACGGCCGCCAAGUCACGGCGACCAACGUUGCACCGUCCAACUGGUGGUUCGGGGGUAGCUACGCGUCCUGGGUCAACUUCUACUAGCUCUAGCUGAAUCCGCUCCUAGAAUACCUAUGUGACCUGUAGCUUCAGUGCGCCUCACAUCGGUUCAUUAUGUGCCCUCCAUCGGUAGCCCGUACAUCGCCGACGUAGAGAGGCGAUAUAUGCGCAUUGUUUGGUUAAUAUUUUCAAUUUUUGUUGUGACACUUUCGACUUGAUCGUGCCCGGCUGCCGGUAAUAACAGCAUUUGUAUUGCUUAGCGGCUUGGUGUAACAGAAGCCUCCUACCACUCAGUGCUGUACAUACUUGUAUGGAAUUAAUGUGGUUUAUUCUUCUUUGUAAUC